AUUUAAAAAAGUAACAGAUCAAAAAGAACUAUGCGAUGGGGACGAUGACGAAGAAGAUUGUGAUGUUUGUUUUAAAGAUCGAGAACCACAUUGGAAUAUAACAAUGUCGGGAUUGCCACAAGGAGAAGAGUUUCUGAAAUAUUUAGAUUUAUGGUUGAAAUCCUCUCCAGAUGAAUAUUGUCCUUUAGCAGGAAAAGCGGCAUAUGCAGAUGCAAUCGUACAUGAUUCAGAAAACAUUACGAUUAUAGCGAGUCAUUUCCGUACAUUUCAUACGGCAUUAAAAAGUCAAAAAGAUUAUAUCGCAGCGUAUCAUUCAGCUCAUAGGAUAAGUGAACUCAUUAAUAAAGAAAACCCUUCGGUUCAAGUAUUUCCAUAUUCAAUAUUUUAUAUAUUUUUCGAACAAUAUGAAAAUAUAGUAACUUUAGCAAUGCAAAUAUUUAUUUUGGCGUUUUUCUCAAUAUGGCUCGUUACCACUUUAUUACUUGGAAGUAUAUGGACAGGUUUUAUUAUA